AUACUAUGUCUAUGGUCUAGAUAUACUAUGUCUAUGGCUGUGACUGUGGUAUAAAGUUCACUGCGUCAAAACAACGAUUGAAAAGUGAAACAAUUGUUAAUGGAUUCCGGCAUAAAAAGAAGAUAGCCAUGACAAUUCAUAACUUGUAUAUCUUCUCGAAAACUGGACUGUUAUUGUACUAUGCUGAGUGGAAUAGGUUAAAUAAAUCGGGGAUAACGAAAGAAGAGGAAGCAAAAUUGAUGUACGGAAUGCUGUUUUCCAUAAAAUCAUUUGUGAGUAAAAUCUCACCAUUGGAUCCCAAGGAAGGAUUUUUGUAUUACAAGACCAGCAAAUAUACACUUCAUUACUUUGAAACACCAUCAGGUCUUAAGUUUGUCUUAAAUACUGAUAAUGCAAGUCAGAAUGCCAGAGAAUUGUUGCAACAAUUAUAUAGAGAAGUAUAUUUGGAAUAUGUAGUAAAAAAUCCACUUUGCCAAUUAAAUGAACCUAUACAAAGUGAAUUGUUUAAAAUAAAAGUAGAUGAAUUAUUUAAAAAAUCUCCUUUAUUUUUAAGUCGAUCAUUAUAAAUUAUAAAAAAUAUAAAAUUUUUAUAUACAAGAGAAGUUGAUUCUUUUUUAAUAAUUGGAUGAAUAAUAUCAAAUAUUAUCUAUAAUAUGUCGUUAUAUAUAAUAAUACUAAUUUAAAAUUAGAUAAAUCUCAAAAUAUGCAUUAUGCUUUAAUAUCAAGUUAGAGCAAUAUUCUGAAUUUUUUAUAAUUUAUAAAAGAAAAAAAAAA